AUGUGCAACUGCUGUUCCUUCAUCCUGGAAAAAUAUUCCCCAAAUGUCCCCAUGGCUUGCUCCCUCACCUCCUCAGAUCUUUGCUCAAAUGGCACCAGAACAGAGACUUCAGUGCCCACACAGCAAAGAACGGACUUUACAGAAAAAUCACUUAAAACACAGAGAGCAGCUUUCCGCGUCUCUCGCGGCGAGCGUCCGGUCGCAGCGGCGUGGUCCGCGGCUUCCCGGCCCACAGCUUCUGCGCCGGCCCCGCCGCCGCCGCGCUCGCUCCUGCCUCCGGGCCGUGGGAAGGUGGUGGGCCGGAACAGCGCCGUCGCCGCCGGCGUCCGCGCUCUCUUCAGCGGGUACUGCAUCUACUUCGACCGCAAGAGGCCGAGUGACCCCAACUUCGAGAACAGGCUUCGAGAGCGAAGAAAGAAACAAAAGCUUGCCAAGGAGAGAGCCGGACUUUGCAAGUUACCUGACCUUAAAGAUGCCGAAGCUGUUGAGAAAUUCUUCCUUGAAGAAAUACAACUUGGGGAAGAGUUGCUAGCCCAAGGCGAAUAUGAGAAAGGUGUAGACCAUCUGACAAGUGCAAUUGCUGUGUGUGGACAGCCACAGCAGUUGCUGCAAGUGUUACAGCAGACUCUCCCACCACCAGUGUUCCAGAUGCUUCUGACCAAGCUUCCAACAAUUAGUCAGAGAAUUGUAAGUGCUCAGAGCUUGGCUGAAGAUGAUGUGGAAUGAGAACAUGUCAACAUAAUCUCAAUUAAAAAUAUUUUUAAAAUCUUAAGUUGGAAGAUGAGCAGCUCUGGGGGAAAAGGGGCAAAUAGGCUUGUUAAGGACUGUCCUACACUGAAAUCUACCAAAGUUAAUUUUUACUUUGUGUAGAUCCAUUCGUCUGUUUUAUUUAUUUUUCCCAGUGAAAAGUGUAUUUUGAUAGAAAGCUUUUCAUUUUAUAAAUACACUGAGUCACCAAAAUAUCAUGGAUUUUAUUCCUAAAACGUGCAAUUAAAGUGUACAUAUAACAUCACAUUACUUAGGUUAAAAAUACUCAGUGCUUAGUUUUGAAAGAUAGGCCGAAAAAGUAUAGAGGAAAGCUGAAGAAUGCAUGUUUUUUUUUAAGCUCGUACAUUUGCUCUACAUUAAAGAAUUGGAUGGAGUUUAUCAAAACUGAGCAUUAAAAUCUUUGAGAGAUUAUUUUAUUCCUUUUAAUCUUUUAAAUAUGAUGUGAGAAGUGCUGCUGUGCUGUAUUAAUUCACCUCCUCCCCGUGUAUUUGUCAUUUUAAUCGGUGGGCUUAAUGUGUUCUGGAGAUUUAUCGUAUUUUAGAUGUAUGUAGUAAAUACCACCGGGAAUUAAAUCUAUGUACAUCCUUUAUCUAGCCAUGUGAGCCUCACUAAUUACUGUCUACCCUCUUUCCUCACUUAAAAAAUGAGGGAAUUGGUCUGCUAAUUCAGAGAAGUGUCCCUUUCAGCCUUUAAUUCAUUUGUUUCUGUUAAGCACCACCAUCUCCUGAGGGAUAUAUUUGUUUGGACAACCAGGCCUUGCAUUUUUUAUACUCUGAAGUUUGCAUGCUUGCCUGACUUAGUAUUUCUGAACUGAUUCUCCCACCCCCACCCCUUUUUUUUAAAGAUCUAACUUGUGUUGGUUUUCACUGAAAUCAUGCUGUUCUGUCAUUACUCUUGUAAAUCUGAAACUUAACCUUUAGGGUAACUGGGAUGAUAAACUUGUAAAAUGUUUGUUCCCCUUUGCUUUUAUCUUCAGUGUAUCUCCUUAAUCCUCUUUCAAUCUCAUUCAUUUAUCUUGUUAUGAUGAGAAUAAGGUAUAACCUUAUGGCUGAAGUCUUGGAAAGAAUGAAGGUGUUCUCGAAAUAGUGACAUGUUAUCUGCAGUCACAGGUUGAACAUUAGGUCUGAGAAUAAAGAUCCUUGGUACUUAAAAAAAAA